CGGGCCGAGUCCGCCAGUGUCGUCCAAUGGGAAGGCAGGAGCCACGCUAGGGGCGGGACUUGGUGCGCGUUUGAAACCGGCGCGCGCGCGGCGGAAACAUGGCGGCCGUGCCCCGCUCCCGUGACCCGGAGCCGUCCUGGCAGGACUUUCGCAACGGCGUUAAAGAGGCGACGGACGCGCCCAGUGGCACCCACGCUUCCCUGGAGUGGGACUCGCAGGUGGUGGACGGGUCCUCGCCGCUCGGCCCCCCGAGGGUGGGCGUGGCGGGAGCGCCCGCCGCCCCGCGGCUGCCGAGGUGGCUGCGGCCCGAGCGCUGCGCCGUGUUCCAGUGCGCGCGGUGCUUCGCGGUGCUGGCCGACUCGCUGCACCUGGCCUGGGACCUGUCGCGGUCGCUGGGGGCCGUGGCCUUCUCCAGGGUCACAAACAGCGUGGCUUUGGAAGCGCCCUUUCUGGUGGGCAUUGAAGGAUCACUCAGAUGCAGCACUUACAACCUCCUACUCUGUAGUUCCUGUGGAAUUCCCAUUGGCUUCCAUUUGUAUUCCACCCAUGCUGCUUUGGCUGCUUUGAAGGGUUACUUCUGCCUUUCUAGUGAUAAAAUGGUUUGCUAUCACUUAAGAACAAAAGCCAUAGUAAAUGCAUCUGAGAUUGAUAUUCAGAAUGCACCUCUACCAGAAAAGAUUGCAGAGCUGAAAGAGAAAAUAAUGCUAACACAUGCUCACUUAGAUUCACUUACCAAGAUUCUGAAGGAAAUUACUUCUCACCAGUCCAAGCCAGAAAACUGAUCCUUGUUUCUUCAGAUGUGACUCUCAGGUGACUAUUCAAGAUGUUGACUCUUCAUCAACAGGUGCUAUUUGGUCAUUUCUGAAAGAACCUGGCUUCAAGAAUAGGGUUUGUAGCUGGGUGCCAGUGGCUCACGCCUAUAAUCCUAGCUACUCGGGGCUGGUAUAUGAGCAUCGCAGUUUGAAGGCAACCCAGGCAGGAAAGUCUGUGAGACUC